AUGGCGGCGGAGCCGGGCCCGGGCGCGGGGCCGGACGCGGAGCUGGAGGAGCUGCUGGAGAGUGCCCUGGACGACUUCGAGCGCAGCCGCCCCGCGCCGCCGCCCCCUGCCAGCUCCUGCCGAGCCCCCUCCCCGCCUUCCUCCGAGGAGAGGUUCUUCCAGGAGCUCUUCGAGGGCGAGCUGGCGGCGCAGGCGGCCGCCGAGUUCCAGGAGGCCAUGCAGGAGCUGGCCCGCCAGGAGCCCCAGCUGGUCCAGCAGUUCCAGAAGCUCUCCGAGGCCGCGGGGAAAGUCGGCAGCGACGCGGCCUCGCAGCAGGAAUUCACCUCCUGCCUCAAGGAGACCCUGAGCGGGCUGGCCAAGAACGCCAAUGACCUCCAGAAUUCCCCGGGCUCCGAGGAGGAGCUGGCCAAGGCCCUGGAGGGGCUGGGGCUGGAGGAGGGCGGCGGCGACGGCGUCCUGCCCGUCAUGCGCAGCAUCAUGGAGUCCCUGCUGUCCAAGGACGUGCUCUACCCCUCCCUCAAGGAGAUCACCGAGAAGUACCCGGAGUGGCUCCGGCAGCACGAGGGGUCCCUGUCCCCGGAGCAGCGGGCGCGCUUCGGGGCGCAGCAGGAGCUGAUGCUGCGGAUCUGCGCCGAGCUGGAGCGGGAGCGGCCGGAGGAGCCCGAGGGGCAGCGCCGCGAGCGCUUCGAGACCCUGCUGGACCUGAUGCAGCAGCUGCAGGACCUGGGCCACCCCCCCAAGGAGCUGGCAGGGGACACGCCCGCAGGCCUGGAGCUGCCGGGGGGGCUGUCGGGGGAGCAGUGCCGCCUCAUGUAGGGCACUUUUGGGGUGCCCGUUUUUGGGGUGCCCCAUUUUGGGGUGUCCCCAUGGUUUUGGGGUGACUCUGGUCCCACAGCCCGCAGGCCUGGAGCUGCCGGGGGGGCUGUCG